GAAGCGAAAGAGCCAACUCCGGGACCGAGCGAGAGAGAGAGACUCGGAGGAAUGCGUCGUAGGAUAGGGUGUACGGCAGCGACGCGUCCUAGAAGACGAUCUAAUUCUGGAGUACGACGCCGUGACGUCACGUGCCGAAAAUACCACAUUCAGGGGAGAAGGAGGAAGCGAGGGCGGGCGGGGCGACGACGGUCUCGGGGUUCGAACCGGGGCUCAAUCUUUCCGAAAGUCUCGAAAACGCGAGCGAAGACCGGACCCGCAACCUCGACCGUUCCGCGAAGUCGGGCCCGAGAAGCCCGAAGAGAGUCCCCUGGAGGCCACGGCUUCCGGGAGCUUCCGCAAACUCCGGAGGCUGGGCCCGGGACCGCCCCCGAAGAGAGAGCCACCGCGGAAGUCCUCUUCCUCGAGAUACCGGACUCCUGCGCAGGGUCCACCCUUUUUGGCGACACCCGAGGCGGGAUCGGAAGAGGGGCAUCUCGGUUGAACACUCUGGGAGCAACCGGGCCGUCGUAACAUCCGGUCCCCGAACGCCGGUUGGAGGAAAUCGGGUCCGAUCGGGUGGAAUCGAGCCCCGAACACCCGGGGAAGGUCUUGGGAGUCAGGAUGCCGGGAGCCGGGGGGCAACAGCCGCCCCAGAGGACAACGUUUAGGCCGCCAUGGGUCAAGGAGGGCCCCAAUCCGCUGCCGUUGCCUACGGCCCCCUGGACGCUGAACUCCAGGAGGGAGUCCAAGCCGCGCACGGAGGAGCCACCGGCCUUCACUCAGGUUACCCUCAAGAGCGUUCCGAAGCCAGCAGAGCCAGCGCCCUCGGAAGCACCAUCCAGAAAACAGAGCAAGAUUACGAUAAUCCCUUCACAGCCAAAUAGCGAGAAAACUCGAAGAAGUCAACCGCCGGCUCCUGCGAAUGCAAAGAUCAAAGAAAAUGGACGACACGAGUCCUCGUCGAGGCCUCAGCUCGAGCGUCAAGUUCACGUCGAGAGAUCGCGCUCAAGGGGCGAGAGUAUACCACUCUCGAAGAGCGAAAGCACCACCGGUGCACCUACCCUUUCGAAAAGCUCUUCACGAGCAGCCAUUCCACCUCCGUUACCACCGAGGCCUCCGCCGCCACCUCCGAGCAGGAAUGUCCUGAAAGAUAUACCACCCCUAACCAAUUCUCAGGAGAAAACCCUAGAAAUGCUAAAAUCAAGGCCAAGAAAACGUCCCGACUGGGCAAGUAUGAUGAAAGAAGUCGAAAGUGGAAAAGUAUUAAGACACGUUAAGUGUAACGAUAGAAGCGCCCCCCUGAUCGAGAGAGUGAACAAAGUUGCAGCGGAUGCAGCAGGAAAAACUCAUUUUGUCUUCGAAUCAGAAAAGUCAAACAUGCACAACCAAUUACUGAAGCAAAUCCAGGAAGGGGUGAAACUAAAGAGCGUGAAAACCAAUGAUAGAUCAAAGCCGAUGCUGGAAGGAUUGAGGAAAUUCAGAAGACAAUUAACAAUAGAGGAGCAGCUACAGAAAGCUGAAGAGCAACCGGUAGAUGAAGAAAUACCAGAUGAAAUGGACGACAUAGAUGCGGUGCGUGAUGACCUGCAAAGCACAAAACAAAUGCUGGCUCUGGAAUUACGAAAUAAGGAAGCUCUGGAACGCGAUAAUAAAAGGUUACAGGCCAGGAUUCUCAAUCUGGAAGUUGAGUUAGAGCGCGAAAGGUCUCAGAAAAAUGUACAGGAAGUUAAGAAACAGGAUGUAAAGGUUGCCCAGUCCUUAAGAGCCGAAGCUGAGCAGGCUAGGAGGGAUGCCGAGAGACUCGAAACAGACUAUGCUUCUGCUGCGGACGAGAGGGAUAGGGCAAAGAACGAGCUGGAGGAAAUGAAGAGAAUGUAUGCUGCUCUAGAGAGGCGCAUGAAGGCCGUGCUGAAUUCGUUUAUAGAAGUAGAGCCCCUUGUAGAUUUAGCAGUAGAUAGCAUAGAUGUGGCGUGGUACGAUGUUUCAGGAAUGGCUUUGGCCGGAUGUCCCAGUGCAAAGGACGUGGCUAGAAUCGCUUCGCAAAAAAGCGUAGAAAAACCCGUCGAAAUUGAAACUGAAGAAGAAGAAGAAGAGGAGAGCACGGAAGAGGAAGAAGAGGAGGAUCCCAAGAUCGCUGCAGAAAAGCGACUGCAAAGAGAAUUGAAACUGCUGAGUUCGAAAAUCAAAACUUUUGAAGAUAAAGCGGCUAACGCGCGAAAAGAAAGAAUAGCCCUCAAGGAACAAAUAAAACAACAACAGAAGUUGUUACAAGAAGAGAAUAAGAAAUUUAAACGCCUUCAAAAAGAAGUUGAUAAGAUGGCUAAAUUAAUGGCGGAUACAGAUGACGACGAGGAACAAGAAGAAGAAGAGGAGGAAGAGGAAGACGAAGAGACCGAAUCGGAAGAAGAGUCUGAAUCCGAAGAGUCGGAAGAAGAGGAGUCUGACACUGAUAAUGAAAAUGAACCCCCAGAGAAACGUAAACAAUAUUUGCAGGAACGCGCGAAGAAGCAUGAAAAUCGAUUAGCGGCAUUGAAGAAAGGUAACUAUCUUCUGAAGGCUCAAGUCGACCGACUGAAAGAUGAUUUAGUGAAACAACGAGAAGAAAGCGUUACGCUACAAGAGGACCUAGACUCUGUUUUAGCGGAACUAGGAUAAUAAUAAAAUUUUGAAACACCGUUACGUACAUAUAAAUACCGAGUACACGGCACAUAUGAAUACUUUCAAAUGUAGCGACUUGCAGUUAUCCAUAAGGCACACAACAUAUAAACUAAUGCACUCACAAACAUGGCAAAUUACUGUUAAUACAAAAUUCACUGCCAAGAAGGCUUGUAAUUUUGUAAUUAAGACAGAAUGGAAACAUAUUUAUAUAAAGGAUCCAUUGUUUUUGCAAGUAAAUUGUAAGAUAUUUUUUAAUAAAGAAUAUUGGCUGUUGAUACGCCUUACUUGUUUUCUAACUAUAUGAAAAUACAUCAAUGAAUUUUCCUGCUUGUAAAUGCAAAAUAUACUUACCUAAUUUGACAAUUAUACUAUACCACCAAUUGUACUAUACCAUUUAUGGUUAAUGCAUUCGAGAGCGGUGACUCACUGGAGACCACAUUAUAGCUGUGAAACUUUUUAGGCUACUGGAGACAGCUUUAUUUUAAGACAUUUGUCGCGAAUAUGUUACAUUACAUAUCAUAUUUUUACCGAUUGCCUAAUCCUUUUAAAUCUGUCUACAGAAUCUUUGUUUUAUAGAAAAUUCGUACUCCCACAAUAAUGUGAAUUAACUCGUAGUUGUCCAUGAGUCAACGACUGUAUUCAUUUAAUAUAUUAACCCAUUUGUAUUAUAGCUCUGAAUAAGUUAACUUCAUAGAUUAUAAAAAAUAAGUGAACGUAAUAGCGGAUAACUACGCGCUUACUGAAAGUCAUCUGUGAAUUAUCUCGCUUGCGGGAGCAAACGUAUUAAUGAAUACUGCUUAGAAGUAAAAAUAUUUUUUAUAAGAUUAAUUAAUAACGUUUCACAUGUUGCAUAUUAAGAAUUACUGAAGUAAAAUUCGGAGA